GACGAGUCGUACGAUAUUAUUUUAAACCCAUCUGUGGUAGUGUUCACAUCAUAGUGCAUUUAAUCCAGAAGUUAACAUGGGUACCUAUAAUUAUUUUUCAUCUGCAAUAUUAUUUAAAGUGCCUAUAAUUAGGAAGAACGUUGAUUUCGCUCGCGCAUUCACGCACAAUCGCAGUCAGUCUUCAGUCAUCAGUCGCCUUUUUCGCGACACUUGCUCGCUACCUGCCCAAUAACCACCGUCGAAUAUCAGCACCACGCGACAACAGCCGUGCCGAAAAAUUAUCACUGCUUCCAGUUAACUUCCGUAAUAUUCCGUCAUCCGUCAGUUUCGGCAUUCAAGAAACUGAACGCGCUACUGCUGACAAUACGCCAGUCUCUCUUCCAGAAACGCUUUUCAGUCGUAUUAAUUGAAAAUGUCAAUGAAUUAUGUUUUACCAAAAAUUGAAUCAAGUAUUGAGUUAAAACAAGAAUCAGAACCUAUAUUAAAAAUUGAAACAAUUGAUCCAGAACCACCAUGUAUAGGACUCGCUGAACAAUUAUUACUUGAAGAGCAAUACGAUAGUUCAAUUUUUGAAGAUGAUUUCGAGGAUGAUAAUAUUUCUGUCGGAGUUGAAGAUUGGAGUGAAUUUUUACAAACACACAAAAAGAGCGAUAUGGAUUGUAAUGAUAGGAACAAUUCAACUCCUAUAAAUGCAGAAAAAUAUGACGGCCAUAAACAAUUAGCUCAUGAGAAAAUUAAUAAAGAAUGUUCAUAUGAUCUUCGCAACAAAGUUGUCUCAGGAAUUAACAACAACCCAGCCAAUAGCAUAAGUAUACAGACCAGGAAAACGGUAAAUGGUUUAGAAAAACCUCUACCUAAAAUUAAUCAACGUUCUAAACCACAGAAAAAAAAUUCGUCGAAAAGAAAGAUUACACGAAAAGCCCAGGAACAAAAAUUACGAGAUCACUUAGCCACAGGAUUUAAUAUUCUGAGAGACACCUGUGGAAGUUCUAAAAUGAAUAAACGUGUGGUAUCUAAGGUAACCAUACUUAUGGCUGCUAAAAAAGAGUGCGAGUGGUUGAGGAAUAUUGAAAAAGAUUUGCUGAUGAAGAAAAAAACAUGCCUUAAAGAAUAUGAGAAUUUGAUGAAUAAGAAGGCUGAAAUUAUUGCCAAAUCUAAAACAACAUAAUAGAAGGUACUAUUAAACCAACUUUUAUUUAUUAAUAAUAAUAAUUUAUUAUGCUAUGUUUAUAUAUAUAAUUAUUUUUUUUUUUUUUUA